GUAGCUGUUACACACAACAGAGUGUUACAAGUGCACAAAGUACAAGAAAAUCGGAAUAUCAGUCCAAUAUGGUAUUUGUAUUGCUGAAUUGUGUGUGCAAAUAUCAAACCAACCAAUAUGAAACGAUGUAGUAGUUUUAUGUAGAACUAAUGAGAUAAUGCUGUAAAGUAUAAGAAAGAUUGUUUACAGUAUAAAUGAACAGCGAACGUUUGCGUGAUACUGAAAAACUCAAAAUAUGAUAAACGCUAUUUAUCUUUUGGGCAAACCGAUCAUUUCAAACCGCCUAUUUAAGGCGUGUGUAACUUUAGUGUACUUUUUACAAGUUUGUCCGUUGUCCAACACUGGAAUUGUGUCACCCUUGGAUAAAAGUGACAUGAUUUUAAGGACUGCAUUCUUCCUACUUUCACCACAUACACCAGAUAAGAGCUCAGAUAAAAGAUCCACAUCGCCAGCAAAGUCUUUUGAGAUGUACGAUUAUAGCAAAGACAGAUAUAACAAUCACCAAAGUCCAGUUACUGCGGAAUCACACUAUUUUCAUUUGAACAGUGAUAGUGAAGAGCUCCUAAAGUACUUCGAAACUCCGAUGGAGUUUGGUACCAAAAAUUUUACGCUCGUAACUGCACAGAUCGGAAGCACCGCUCACAUUCCAUGCCAAAUUCAUCACAUCGGUGAGUGUGUGGUAUCAUGGAUAAGAAGAAAGGACUAUCAUUUGCUCACUGUUGGACUAACUACGUACAGCAGCGACGACAGAUACAGUGCCACCCACUUGCAAAAUUCCGAGGACUGGACGCUACAAAUAAAAUUUGUACAAGAUCGUGACGCGGGCCUUUAUGAAUGUCAAGUAUCGACACAUCCACCGACGUCUUUAUUCAUGGAACUGAAAGUGGUUGAACCGAAAGCAGAAAUCGUAGGACCGAGAGUAAAGUAUCUUACACCAGAUUCUACGCUUAAGCUCGUCUGCCGAAUAGUGCAAGCCACAGAAGCCGCUGCGUUCAUCUUCUGGUAUCAUAAUAAUCGCAUGAUAAAUUAUGACUUACAUCGAGGGAUAAAUGUUUCUACAGAAGCUGAUUUUCUGUUUUCAGAACUCACAAUUAAUCAAGCUAGCACUGAACAUUCGGGAAAUUAUACUUGUGUUCCAAGUUAUUCUCACCCAGCCAGUGUCGUUGUACAUAUAUUCAACGGUGAUAAUCCAGCCGCUAUGUACCAUGAAGACCGCAAUUCAUCGGAGGCAUUUCACAAAAUUUGUAAAUGGUUUUUGUACUUUGAAGUCAUUAUUUUAUAUGUUUUAUUACGAACUAACGCGAGGGCUUCUGUCAGCCAAAUGUUUCUAUGAAAUGGAUCAACAGUAUAAAUAAUUCUACAAUUUAGCACAGAUUACUUUUCAAAGGGAGAACGGAAAAAUAAUCGAUGGGAAUUCUUUUUCAACUGCUCAUGACAUAUAAAUUGUUGGGAGAAAAGUUAAUUGUUUCCUUGAAAUGUUUAAACGUUGUAAAGGUAAACUAAAACGAUACAUAAUACGGUACAAGC